GGGAAACAGAAAUCAGAGCUAAUGAACCAUCUAGAGACACACCAUGGGAAUUCGGUGUUGUACCCCCAAUGAAAUAGUCAUAGUUGCAACUGAGAACAAAGGAGAAACAACUAAAUGGAAGAAAUUGAAGAAGCGAAAACAACAGGAAAAUUUAAGAAAGAAAGUGAAUGCAGCCAUCCGGAUCCAGGCCUGGUGGAGAGGCAACCUGGUACGCCGUACACUGCUACAUGCAGGCCUCAGGGCCUGGGUCAUUCAGUGCUGGUGGCGGCAGACCUCAGCACAACAGCUGGAGAAGAAGCGGCGGGCAGCACUGAUGAAGUAUGCAAUCAGAGAGAGGGCAGUGACCAAGCUCCAGUCUCUGGUUCGUAUGUGGCGUGUCCACUGGCGAUACUGCCAGGUGCUUAAUGCCAUCUAUAUCAUCCAGUGCCACUGGCAAUGCCACAACUGCCAGACCUGUGCUUUCCUCCGGGGCCACUGCGUGGUCACUGCCACUCACUUGCAGUUCCACAUUGAGAUCAUCAACUAAGAAG